AUGUCAUCAACUUCAUCAUCUGAUGAUGAUAAUGAUGAAAAUCGUCUCGAUUCAAAUGAUAUUCAAUUAUUAGCUGUUCAAAAAAGUUUAAUUUAUAAACAUCCAUUAUUUCGUGUACUUGUUUAUGUACUUGAACGAUGUGAACAAGCUACAUUAAAUCCAUCAUUAUUAUUAAAUAAUGAUGAUUCUUAUCAAUCAUCAUCAUCAUCAUCAUUUGAACAUAAUUUAAAAAUAUUUUUAUCAAAAAAUCCUGAUAUAUUAACAACAUCUAAACAUAAUAAUGAUGAAACAUCUACAAUAAUUGAUAAUUUUUAUAUUGAUGCAAUGCAAGUACUUCGUAUACAUUUACUUGAACUUGAUAAAGUUAAUGAUUUAUGUCGAGAUUUUUGUCAACGUUAUAUAGCUUGUCUUAAAGUUAAAUUAAAUGCAAAUAAUAUUUUUACUGAUGAUGAAGAUGAUGAAGAUGAAGAUUUUCAAGCGAAUUUAGAUGAUAAUUUUGAAUCAGAUGAAGAAAAUGAUGAUGAUGACGAAUUUAUUAUUAAUGAUAAGAAUAUUUUAAAAGAACAACAUUAUGUAAAACAAUCACUAUUGAAUAAUGGUUUAAACUCAAUUUGUCAUCCUUAUACAACACAAUUCAAUGGUCAAACGCCACUUUCACAAAUAAUUGCUAGUGGUCCAUCGCAUGAAGUUAAUAAAUCAUCAACAUUACUUGAUUCAUUUUGUACAAAACGACGACAACACUCAACAAUUGUUUCAUCUCCAUCAUCAUCAUCAAAACGUGGUGUUCUUCCUAAAAGUGCAACAUCAAUAAUGCGUAGUUGGCUUUUUCAACAUAUUGUUCAUCCUUAUCCAACUGAAGAUGAAAAACGAGCAAUAUCACAGAAAACAAAUUUAUCUUUACUUCAAGUAAAUAAUUGGUUUAUUAACGCACGUCGACGAAUUUUACAACCAAUGCUUGAAGCAUCGAAUCCUGAUUUAGCAGCUAAUAAAAAGAAAAAACGAUAUGAAACAACAUCUGAUGAUCAUCAUCAUACUCAUGCUCGACAAAUAUCAAAUAUAAAUCGUUAUUGGCCAUCAAAUUUAGCUCAAUUUAAUACAACAACAAGAAAUCCACGUGAAAAAUAA